CUGCAUGAUUUAUGUUGAAUAAACUUGAAUUUUUCGAGGUUAGGACCAAUCCAACAUUUUGGGUUUCUAUUGCAACCCUUAUAAUUGUUUGGCGUUAUCCUUACUGAAUUAGCCCCUACCUGAUUAUUAGAAAGAGAAGAAUAUGGUUUUUGGAAAUUAUUAAAAUGCCACUAAACGGAAAAAAAAAAAGAAGGAAAGGGAGAGCUUUUGUUCAACUUGGUUAUGGUAAGUCCAGAAGCAAAUUUUCUCUCCAAAGUGGUCUACAAGUACACCAUUUCCACACAAAAAUGGGGCAUUUAGCUAACUUCCGCUGGCAGAAAUCCACACUGGCUGCAAACGAGGUGCCACAUUAUCUGCCACAUGCCAUAAGCCUCAUGCCAUGUCAUUAAAAUAUUAGAUUUUACUCCUUUAUCUAAAAAUAACUUGUUAACUCAAAAUUUAUUUUAUAUUAGUAUUUUUUAUUUUUUAAUAGAAAUAAAUAUUUUUUUCUUUA